UUAUUUAUUUUUUCUUUUUCAAAUUUCUUUUUUAAUUAUUUAACAUGUUUCUCUCUCCUCUCUUUCUCGAUUCUCUCCACCACUUCUCCUUGAUAAAUAUACCCCUUUCCCAGGUUCACAAUUUUCGCUUCCCUUUGAGGGGUUUUCCUGAGAGGCGGCCUCAACCCAUCUCAAGAAUUGAAAAAUCUUUUCAGGAUCCGAGGAGAAAAACUAAAAACAUUCUCAUUCACAAAAAUCUACUUACGAAUAUAUGCUAUUUGUAUAUAUAAACAAUUUACAGAGGUAUGAGAUACUUUUGUUGAUCAGUAUCAUUCACAAACUAUCAUAUUGCAGUGGGCAAUCUUCAUUUGACAAUACCUUUCAGAUUGAGGCGAAUUAAUUAUUGUCCCCGGAGUUAUUGCUGUUCAUCACAGCUGCUACUUAUGAUUUAUAUUGCUAUAUACAUUUUUAUUUUCUAUUCACAGUGGAGCUAAAGGAAUCCCCUUGCUGAUUUUUUAAACUUUAAUGGUGUGGAACUGAUGGCUUAACGAUGGGGCUGGAAAUGAGUGCAAGAAUAUGGUGCAUGGGCAGGUGAAAAUUUUCUGGUCGGUUCCUGAAUUGGGACAUUCCGGCCAGAUCCUAGGGGAAGAUUUACUUUUGGUGGAAAGUUCUCGAAUUGACCUAACUUUUAUUGCGUGCAAUGUCUCGCUGUUUUCCAUUUCCACCGCCUGGAUAUGAGAAAAAGGCUACAUCUGAUGAUGUCAACUUGCUAAUAAAGGAGAAGCACAAAGAGAAAAGGCAUAAGAAGGAUAAAGACAAGAAAGAAAGAAGUGAGAGAAAGGAAAAGGAGAGGAGUGUAGAUAAACAAGGAGAAAAGAAAGACCGAGAGCAAAAGAAGCACGAAGACAGAAAGGAUAAGAAGAAACAUAAAGAUAAACAUAGGACUUCAGAAGAGAAGAAAAUUGUAGGGUUGUCGGAGCAUCAAAAUGGAAAGAAGCUUGGUUCAUUUAGUGAAUUGGGUAAUGCAAUUCCAAAUUCGAACAUUUUUGUUGAAUUGCAAAGAAGAGUUGAGAAUGACUGUGGAGCUACAGACAGUCAAAUGGUUGGGGAAAUCAUGCACUCAGAUCAGAGAAGUGCCAAGUUACCAGGGAAGGUGGAAGAGAGUGAUAAGAGAGAGUAUGCAAGGAUGGUUAAUGGAGAAAGUCUCGAAAUUAAUGCUAUGGGUUUGGAAAAUGGUAAAAUUUCAAUUUUUGCCAGAGAAAAUGGAAAAAAGAUCGAGGGAGGUGCUCUCUCGGUGGAGAAGGUUGAGAAAUGUAAAGAAGGAAAAGAUAAGAAUAAGCACAAGACUAGUGAUGGUAAAAGAGAUCGGCACAAGAAGAGAGAACGAGAUACAAAAUGUAAAUCGAAGGACAAAGUGGGGGAGAAGGAGAAGGUGAAGGAGAGAAGUAAAGAUCUGACGAAUAAACAAAGAGAAAGCAAUGGUGAUCUGCUAGAUGUUCAUAACAAGCCAUCAGAUCUAUUGAAGGUGAGGCAUGGCAGUCAGGGAAGUCUUGGAAAACAAAAGGAGCCUGAAUUGAAUGGAUUUUCAUGCGGCAGCGGAAUCCCACUUAAACUGCCCAGGCCUGUCUCUUCCUCCCAUCAAGUUGUGCAAAAUGUAAUUGGCAUAAAUUCUUCUCAGAAUACUGUUAACUUGGCUGUGGAGAAAGCGGGUGGAUUCCAAAAUCAUACAGUCAAUUUUAAGAACUUGCCCUCUCAAUCAGUUGGAAAUGGAAGGAAGCUCGAACAUGGCCAAACUGCAAAUCAUUUAUUUGCCGAGCAGUGGUCAUCCACUAGUACUUAUGUGGUCAAUAACAGCCUCGUCUCCUCUCACCCUGUUUUGGGAAUUAGCCAAAAGACUGAACCUUUUGAAACUGCAAGUAAGGUAGAAACGUUGCAACCAAUGCUGGUGAAUAACCACAAGGCUGAUGACAAGGUUUCAACCUCACUUGUAAGUGCAGAAAGUGGACGAAGAAUGGAAACCAACCAACCAAACACCCACAGGGCGGUAGAGUCUCGGGGAGUAGUUAUCAAGCAUAAGAUGGAUAACAAAGAUUCCCGGGUGAAUGGCAUAAUAGACCCUAAACCAUACGCUUCUUCAAGCACUCCAUAUGCUUCUGUGAAAGGUAAGGAGAGUAGCAUGAAACCUCCCCAUUCCGAUUCCAAAAAUUUGAGUCAGAUACACAGUAACAAAGAUUCGCAGGUGAAUGGCAUAUGUGUUUCUUCAAGCACUCCAUCUGCUUCUGUGAAAUUAAAGGAGAAUAGAGUGAAACUGCCCCAUCCCGAUUCCAAAUAUUUGACCCAGAUACUCAAUGUACCUAAUGUAGAAUGGCCCGAGUUUGAUGAUCAGGAGUGGCUUUUUGGGAGCGAGGGUUCUAGGGCAAAGAGGCCAAAAAUUGCUUCCAAUCAAAUUGAGCGGACAGAGGAGGUAUGGGCGGAAGCAAUACCAGUCAAAUCUGCCGAUGUUAUUGCUCUGCCGUAUGUCAUUCCUUACUAAGUUGGAAUCCAAAAUAUUGGCUUUUCUGUUACACCUGUUCACUCAGAGCCUCUUUGCCCGUCUUUCUCUGGCAAUGUUUUCUGGACAGGUCUUUGGGUAAUGGAUUUAUGUACCUAAGUCUGGUUGAAUCUAGACGGAUUUCUGAUUGUUGCUGCUGUCAAGAACAGUUUCUUUGGCAGAGACAAGUAGACCAAGCCGAACAAAAACAUUUCUCACCGAGGGAUGACAAAGAUGAUAAAUUUCAACUUCCCAUAUCAUUCGGUAUGUUUUUGCAAGUUCUUGGUCGUGAAUAAGUCUUUUGUUUCUCGACGUUGGUGAUAUUUUUUUCUUCUAAAAGGGCAUCAUCAAGAGGAACAGAUGUUGAAAUGACUUGAACUAUAAACGUACAGAUGAUGUCGAUACCAACCAAUUAUGGGGAUUUUAGCUGCAGAGGAUUCUUUAUGGAAUGCAAGGAUGUUUAGGUGGUGUUUUGUACCACAUUACAAUUUUGAUGAGUAAUACAAGAAAUUUUACCCGCAUUAAAUAUAUGAUGUAUAGUGGGAACAGAAAAAGGCAGUUUUACUGCGUAGAUUGACUAUUAAUUGUUACGGUAGGUACAGAUUUUGCAGUUUUUAGUUCUCGCGUUUUUUGUUA